CAAUUUACAAUUAUUCAGGCUGAGGAACCAUGGCUUCACAGACACAUCUUGUCACCGGCGGCAGCGGCUUUAUCGCCAUUCAUCUGGUCCAUCAGCUCCUACAGGCCGGAUAUGCGGUUCACACCACUGUACGCAACUUGAAGAAUGCUUCAAAAGUUCAGCCACUGCGAGGGUUGCAAGAGAAAUAUCCCAAAAAGCUUGAGCUCUUCGAAGCAGAUCUGCUACAGCCGGGUUCAUUUCAGGCUGCGAUGCAAGGUUGCUCGGUGGUUCAUCACGUUGCUUCCCCAUUCCUUAUGGCCGAGAAGAUCAAGGAUGGACAGAAGGAGAUGGUCGAGCCGGCCCUCCAGGGAACUCGAAAUGUGUUGAACAGCGUUAACCGCACGGAGAGUGUUGAAAGAGUUGUUUUGACAUCGACCAUUGGCGCAAUUUUUGGAGACUACAUCGAUGUCAGAAGUAUGAAGGACAACAUCCUGCAUGAAAGCUACUUCAACGAAUCAAGCUCUGCUACUCACAACCCAUACCACUAUUCCAAAGUCGUUGCCGAAAAGGAAGCCUGGAAGAUCCAGAAGAGUCAAUCACGCUGGGAUAUGGUUGCUAUCUGCCCGGGACUAGUUCUGGGACCGUCUCUAACAACUGGAUCCGAUUCUGGGAGUCUCUUCUUGCUAGACGAGCUGUUCAGCGGACAGCUUUGGUUUGGCGUUCCCGACUUGAGCUUCUGCACCGUUGAUGUGAGGGAGGUCGUCACAGCGCAUAUUAAGGCGGCAGAGGUUGCAUCUGCAAGCGGGAGAUAUAUUAUCUGCCACAAGGAGAUGACGACAUUCCUCGACAUUUCCAACGACGUUAGAUCGCAUGCCAAAUCAUGGACCCUUCCCCGCCACGAACUGCCGAAUAUCCUCGUGCGAGUGGUGGGCCCUCUGUUCGGUUUGACGCGGAAAUGGAUUCGCGCCAAUCUUGGGGUCAGGUUCUCUGUCGAGAAUAAAAGGGGAAUUAAGGAGCUUGGUGUAUCGUAUCGUCCACUGACCGAGACAUUAGACGAUCACUAUAAGUCAUGGGUUGCUCAGAAAGGAAAGUAGAUGACCGUGAUAAAGAAGAAGGGGAAGUGAGUGUUAAG